GAAUCAUUCCCCGAUCCACUGCAAGCUGUACCGAUACUCGUUGACAGAGCGCAAGACGGCCUUGCAGUGAAUCAAGGAAUUUGAGGCAAACCGAUGGAUUGAGCCUGCCACCGGUCCGUGGUCGUUCCCAGUUGUGUUGGUUCCUAAAAAGAACGGGUCAGUCCGCAUAUGCAUCAAUUAUCGAAAGUUAAAUGAUAUCACAAUGAAAGAUGUGUAUCCCCUUCCCCGGAUUGAUGAUCUACUUGAUGCGAUCGGAUGUGCUAACUACUUCAGCAAGUUGGACAUUCGGCAUGGGUUUCAUCAUAUCUUGGUGAAAGAAGAAGAUCGGCCCAAGACCGCCUUCGUUUUGUUUGAAGGCACGUGGCAGUGGGUUCGGUGCCCGAUGAGAAUCUGCAAUGCGCCUGCCACGUUUCAGCGGGCGAUGAAUGUGACUUUUCAGAAUUUUGUCAAUAAGACGCGGCUGACUCAGGGGAUGAUUAACUUCUGUGUCAUUGUGUACAUGGAUGACAUUCUGGUGUACUCGGACACGUUUCACGGACACGCGCAGCACAUUGAAUGGACGUUGGGUGCGUUGAGAGACGCAGGUUUCAAGAUUGCGCUGGAGAAGAGCGAAUUUUUCCUCCCGAAAAUCUCGUUCUUAAGUGAUAGGCCCUGGUUCUGUCCCUUAUGUCGCACUGACAAGAUUUCGACGGAAGCCCGAUUCCUCGAUGCCACAUCGGAAGGCCCCGACAAAAUCCAGAAGUUUAGAAGAGCAAAAGUCUGGACAGAUGUCGCCUUGAUAGCCACGGUGGUAGGCAACUCCCUCGAAACCUUCUCCAAGGAGGAUCGGAGGAGGGCCAAUGAAAGAGCAUGGGAUUACCGAUGGGUGGAUGGACGGUUAGAGAAGCGUAAAACGGACGGCAGUGGAGCAUGGUUAAUAGUUCCGCAUCCGUUCAUGCGGUACGACUGGGUACGAACCGCCCACGAGGAAACGGCGGCACAUUUUGCCGUGCGUAUUACCGAAGCUGCGAUUGGCAAAAAUCAAUGGUACUGGUCCAAUAUCCGAGACGACGUUAAAUUCAUCGUCCAACACUGCCAAGUCUGCGUUGCUGACAAGGCCCCAACCCAACCGCCUAGGUCGAUAGUCCCAACUGUGGUUGAAAGGCCGUUUCGGAGGGUUAGUAUGGAUACUACUGAUAUAGUGGUGCCCCCUAGACCGAAUAGUUGCAACUGUUCAAUUCUGCUGGUUUUUGUCGACCACUUUUCUAAGUGGAUCGAGGCCUACCCUUGCAAGACACGACAAGCCGCGGAAAUUGCGCGGUACGUCAACCGUUUUCUGGGCAUGCACCAGGACACAGAGGAGAUCCUGACCGACAAUGGGGUCGAAUUUAGAGGAGAAGUCGAGAGGAAUCUGGUCAUACACAGCGUCUCCAUACGGCAUACGGCCCCGCACAUGUCCCAGUCUAACGGAUUAGUGGAAAACGCGAAUAGGGUGAUAAAAACGGCCUUGCGGCGGAAUAUUGCGGCACGAGACCCCCGACCCUGGCCUGAUAUUGUUGACCACAUCUUGGCGGUCCAUCGCGGAAAGCCCCACGAAUUGACGGGUCUGAGCCCCUUCCAGCUGCGGACCAAUAGUGUCGCGCGUGUGUCGAUACUGAGCCUCCUAGACGAAUCAGGACUCAACCGACGCCCCACAAGGGUCACCGCUCGGGACAAAGCCAAAAGGCACCUGGAACUCAUGGAGCGGUUCCUACCUAGAUUGGCCUGGAAGCGCCAACGGUCCACCGAAUUGGCCCAUGGCCGACAAGUCCGGAGCUACGAGGCCCGGAACGGGAAUGCGGGUCCCAGGACCCAGUAUAAGUUAGGGGACAUCGUGCAGUCCGAUCUUCAUCCCCGCUUCUCCUUGUGCACAGAUUCUCUGGUUGUUCCCCUCAUCGAUCCCUCUCAGUGGGACGCGUGGCGCGGAGACUUCAUCGAACUCUCACUGUGUUUGGCGAAAGUAAGGGUGACGUGGACGAGGGAUGAGAGCAAUUAUCCGCGGUCUGAGCGAUUGGAGCUCCUUUUGAUUCAGGCGUGGCGGACGGAAGUCGAAGGGGACCUUCUCGGUUUUCUAUUCGGGGCAGUGCGUCCAGGCUGUCAGAGGCUUCUCACCCAGGAGCUUACGGUUCCAAUUGCGCAACUGGCCGACCAUCUUGACGUCAGCAUUGUCUCCCAGGUCGACCCGCGCUUGGUGCCCCACGUCACCUCGCGCACGCUGUCGGCGUAUCUUCAGUGGCCAGCUUGCGUGGAAGGCUUCCCAUCGAGAAUUCCGCCUUCAUGGUUGGAUUAUUUGGAUCCGCACGACAUCGUGGAUCCCGCUUUCUAUAGACCGCCGUGUGAAGACGAAGUGGAGGAGAUAAUCCGCGAGGAGCUCGCGGAAGAAAUUUCGGAGGAAGAGGAGGAGAAUCUGAACGAAGACGACGGGGAGCCGACACAGCAACAAGAAGGAGACGAAGACGAGCUCCUGCAAACGGAGAGCGAAGAAGAAGCAGAAGAAGAAGACAGCGAGCAGGGGAGCGACGAUGACAUCGACGACGAGCAGGCCAACGAGGAUCCCCAGCUAGAAAUUGCGCCGGUUGCUUUCCGAUCAGCAAUGAUCCAACGCUCGACUCGGAGCCACCUCAGCCAGACGACGACCAUGUGGCCCAGUGGGAAGGUGGCUAUGGCGUACCGAAAUGGCCUGCUUGGUUACAGGCCAAGGUACAUGAGGUACUCUUGGACCUGGGACCGUGAGGAUGAGAAGGGUGCGCUGGAUGAGGCCAUUCCGUCCUACGGGAGGCAUACGGGGGACGCUCGUCAGGAGCGACUCACCCUCCAUGUCGCUGCACUGCGUCGCCUUCUCGCCAUCCUCUCUGACCCUGAUCGCACCCUCCCGAUCAUCCCCGUACGACUCGGGACCUCCACGAGGGUGUACUCAGCGCUGUGGGAUUCCGGUUCUCAGGACGACUUCAUUCACCCACACGUGGUGAAGGAAGCCCGCUUACCCACGACAGGGUCUCCGACUCCCAUCUCCGUUACCCUAGGGGAUGACAAGACCCAACGCUUCUUCGAUCAGACGGUCACCGACCUUCCCUUCUUCCUCACUCUCGAGCCGGCUGAGCGUUCCCCGGCGUCUCGUCGCCACCGCUCCUCUGCACAUUUCGAUGUGAUGGAGACGGGGUACGACUUCAUUCUCGGCACUCCGUGGUCUCGUYGGUUCCGCAGCACCGAGGCCGAUUGGGCGACCAACACUCUCGUUCUCAAAACGAAGUGUGGACAGACAUAUCGCGUACCUUUCAUAGGUACCACGGCGACACCACGCCCCGAUCCUCCUCCCCCGGAGCCUUUAGUGCCCACACCAUCUCCCUCUAUCACUGUCACCUCGCCUCGGCAGUUCGCUCACUUCAUUCGACAGGACGACGUCACCUUCUUUAUGGUGGACGUGACGCAUUUCUUACACUAUGAUCCACCCUGUCCCGACGCCGAGCUCAUCCCUCUGGAGCCAGAUCCUCCCUCUAUCUCCAUGACUCCUAUCUCUACUUCCGUCCCUCCGCCGUCCGUCGAGUCCACCCCGCCGUCGCGCGCUGACGCUGACGCUGAGGAACUCGCACGAUAUACGGCUGACUUGAAGCCCGCAGUUCGUGACCUCAUCCGAGAGUACCACGACGUUUUCCCAUCGUCGUUCUCGUACGCCGGCAUCCCACCGAUGCGUGACGUCGAGCACUCCAUUCAGCUCCCGAUUCUGGCGAUGGCUCCACGAGGUGUACGGCACUCAGCUCCGCUUCUCCUCUCUUACCAUCCUCAGACUGAUGGUCAAACCGAGAUCACGAACAGGACUCUCGGGGAUAUUCUCCGAAAGAUUGUUCGUGACGACCAGCAGUGGGAUCUCCAUCUUGACCACGCAGAGAUAGCCUACAACCACGCCGUCUCGUCAGCCACGGGGAUGUCGCCUUACUAUUGCGACCUCGGCUAUCACCCACGUGUUCCCGCGGACUUCCUUCGACCGUCCCAGAUGCACCCCGACACGAGUUGUCCCACGCUUGAUGAUUGGGUUGCACACAUGAUGUCGAUUAUGAAGACCGCACAUGAGCACAUUGCCGCUUCCCAGACUCGCAUGGCAGCACGUGCGAACCGAUCGCAGAUGGAUCACCGAUUCAAGAAGGAACGCGGUGGCGAUGGCUGUCCUGCAGGCAGCGGCUGCGAUGCCGACUUGUCUGUCGGGGUUGUCUUCCACCCUGUUGCAUCUCACGGUUCGGUUAUGGAGUCCACACGUUGGAUGGGUGACGUCGAAGUUGGUUCCGAUGGCAGUACUGACAUGCACGACUGCCGUGUGCAUGCACGGCCCCAUUCUCGUGGGCAGGGGGUCCCGAGCAUGCAUUCCUUCGCCGCCGUGCGUCAAUCAAUGUCGGUUGUGCAACGUUCGUACUUCCCCUCACGUGCGCCUUCCCCGUCGUUGCCCUUCGAUAGAGGGUGUGGUAGACAGUCUCCCGAGAGGUUGCAUGCAGGUCGUCUGCGUGGUUGUCCACCGGCAGUGGACAUGUGGGGCGAUGACGGUUUCGCCGUUGAUGAUCACUCUUUCUCCGUCCAACAGCAGUGCGAUUUGUAUGCAGCGAGGGCAUGCGCAGAAGGGACGAGCAUGGGUGAAGGUUUUGGCAUGCCGGCGCCGGGCGCACAGAACAUGGACAUGGGUGGCACACCUUGGUCUCCCCAAUGCAGCCAGAGCACGGUGCGGUCGUUUGACAUGCGGUGUUCUCCAUCUCCUCAGUUGGGCGUUCACACGGACGGCUCGUGGAAUCGGAUGAACACGCGGCCGGUGUCUCCCGAGACUCGCAUGGAUUCACCGUACGACGAAGGCGCUGCCGUUUCCAGAGGAGCCGACGAAGACGGUCAUGCAGAGCACGGAAGUGUUGUUCCAGUGAUGGCAAGGUCGAUGGCCGAGCAGGGUGAUGCGCAGGGCCGGGGUGUGGCAGGCGGGGAGGGGAGCAGGCGGCCGGCGAAUGCUCGACCGCCGGCUCAAAAGAAGCAAAGCGUGCCAUGGAUGUUGGACGAGCGAGUGAAGCUUGCAUUCCUUAUGGGUGAGGACGAUGGCCUUAUGACGGAUGCUAACGGCCAACACCGAUUCAAGCAGAGGAAAGAGCGGUAUGCAUGGGUGAACGAUAGGAUGAAGGACGCUGGCUUCAAACACCGGACCGCCGAAGACUGCCGCAAGAAGUGGUCCAAUAUGCUGCAGACGGCGAAGCUAAUCGUCGAAAAGUAUCCACCACCGGCGGGAGGAUCGGAUGAAAGAUGCGCGGAGGAGUCGGACAAUUCUGCGAAAGUGAGGCGGACGGCCGUUGGGAAGGCGAGAGGGGAAGAUGGCAGUAGCGGUGGCACGAGUAUGGGGAGGGCCAUGGAAGAUUCUACACGCUCGUACUGUGAUGGCCUGGACAAAGCGGCCACCUCCCUUGCAAAAGCCACCGCAGACGUGGGCACCCCAAUUGCUGCUCGGAUAGGGGAUGUGGCCGACGCAAUGCGGGGUGGGAACAGUGUUCUCGAGUUGCUAGUGGGGGUUCUAGCCCGCAGGGGAGCGAAUGGAGGUCACUCCACCGAAGCAGAUCGGGAUACAGACCCUUCAUCUCGGGGGGUUAUGGUCUACGAGAUGAUCCACCACCGGGACGGGUACCACACGAGGGACUUCGAGUUCACGAUUGGCGUGACACGUCGCUCCAUCCGUUUCUAUGAAGUCGAUGUCGAUGGGGUCCCCGCUAUGAAGAUGGAGGUGGGGUUGGGAUUCUUCGGAAACAACCUGGGACAUGUGCUCAUCUUCGUCACGAAGGUCGGGGAUCGAUUUGAGGAGCGUCACGGUGCGGCACCUGCGACGGAUCCGCGACGGGACGAGGGGGGGGAGGGAGAGAUGAGGGACGCGGAGGAGCAGAUCGACGUGGACGACGACGUCGAGGAGGCUGCACGGGCGGGGUCGUCAGGGAGGGAGCGAGGGAAGGGCAUUGUCGGCGAGCCGGGGGGGCAGCAGGGCCAGUACUUUGCGUCGGGGCACGUGUUUGUUCAUACACGUGCAGGUGCGGAUACGGCUGAGGCGGGUCCGUCUGCGGGAAAGAGGAAGGAGAGAGAGGAGGGGGCCAGACCGGCGGCAACACAGAAGAGGAUGAGACAGAACACGAUCACAGAGUCAUUCACUUCAAAGUGGCAGAUGGAGUUCAAGAAGAAGUGGCUGCGUUUUGUGCACAGUCAGUGUCUGGCGUUCCACGUCUUUCGGAGUGAGCCGUGGUUGGACGUCGUCCGACACUUCAGGGAUUUGCCAGGGCCAGUGAAGGUGUCACCAUGGUAGUGUCAGGCCUCGUUACUCUAGGUUAGUGUGACCAAUAAGCCAGUCAUUAGUGGGCAAGCACCUAUGAAGUAUUUGCCACUGUAGC